AUGGACAAUCUCAGCAGACGAGCAUCCUCAGGCCAGGAGUGCAGCCGCCUGGGCGGGUGGGGCGACCUGCCACACUGCCUGCUCCACAGGGUGCACCUGAUGCUGAAGCUCACCAUGGCCCCCGGCCGCCCCCCUUCGGGCCAGCGCGUCUCCCACGCCAGGCUCAGCGCCGCCCUGAAGAGCAUGCGCCUCGUGAACCGCCACUGGCACGACCUGGUGUCCAGGCUGGUGCGCAGACUCAGCCUGCCCUGGGGCACAGAGCCCAUAUCUGGGGACACCAUCGCGGCGAUCUCCCGCAAAUUCCCAAACGUGGAGGUGCUGCAGGUUGGCCUGGGGCUCGGUCCCGCCGACCUGUCCUCCCUGGCGGCCAUGUCGCGCCUCACCAGCCUCAGGUUCACUUACCCGCCCCGGGGCGGCGCGGAGUGCGCCAUCAGGGGCCUGGCAAACGUCACCAGGCUGAAGGAGCUGAGGCUGGCCGGCUUCGGUGAGAUCAACGAGUCUGGACUCCGUGUCCUGACCGCCCUGUCCCGGCUGCAGAGACUGCACCUGAGCUACGGCCCAAGGGAGAGAGUGCGCGAUUCGACCCAAGUCGGAGCGUUGCGUGCACUGCGGGGCAUGCCGUCGCUCACCUACCUCCGGCUGGAGGCGCCCGCCGCGGUGAUGAACGUCAAAUGGCUGGCGGCCCUAACGGGCAUCGCCGACCUCGACCUGAGCGGCUGCUCGCUCAUGGCGAUGACCGAGGGCGAGGACGACUUUCCCACAGGGCUGGCCGCGAUGGAGAGGCUCACCAGAUUGGACUUGGCCGACUGUAACCUGACCGGGAGGGUGAUGAAGUGGGCGCUGUCGAACAUGAGCCUGACGGACCUCAACUUGCGCAGGUGCGGUUUCUUUGCCGAGGGCCAGCUGAGGCGGCUAGCCGCGCUGACGGGCCUCGCCAGGCUGUCCCUGCAGGGCUGCGCCAACGUGGGCGGGCGCGAGGCGCUGUACCUGUCCCGCCUGGCGGGCCUAAGGGACCUGGAUCUCUCCUACUCGGACGUCACAGACGGCGGGCUCCAGAUGGUGGCCAAGCUGCCGCGCCUGGGGCGCCUCUCCCUGCGGGCCUGCUCCAAGGUCGGCAGCCCGGGCGCGCGCUAUCUGGCCACUAUCCCCGAUCUCACCACUCUCGACCUGUCCCGGUGCCCGGUGGCAAUCGACUUCAUCUCCACCAUGACGUCCCUCACGGACUUGUCCGUGUCGGGCUGCCUGGCCACAGAGCGGGACAUGCCCGGAUUGGCGGCCCUGAGUCUGCUCGCGCGCCUGGACCUGGGCGACUGCAGGCUGGUCAAAGAUUGCGGCCUGCAGGCGCUGGCGGGGAUGGCGGCACUGCAGGACUUGUGCCUGGCCCGCUGCAAGGGGCUGACGGACGGGGGGAUGCGGUGGCUGGCGUCGAUGCCGGGGAUCACAAGGCUGGACCUGAGGGAGUGCCCUGGCGUGACGGCGGCGGGCGCGGCAUGUCUGACGGCGCUACCCGGCCUGGUGGAGCUCAGUUUGGGCGAUUGCGGGCCUGGGAGGAAGGGGGGAGAGGCGGGGACGGAUGUGAUGAGCGUUUCGGGCGCCACGCCGCGGUCGGGGGCCGAAGGGAUGGUGUGGGGUUGGGGCAACUGA